AUGAAAAUAUUUCCAUCAUUAUUCGUUCUUUAUUUCUUAGCCAUCAAUAUUCAAGGUAAAAAACUAUUUUCCAAUGAAAGAAGAUUUCGACUUUCAUCUAUUUUGAGUUUAGUUAGCAAUGCAGUGAUCGAUUGUACCAUAUAUACCAAUGAUCUUAAAAUUAUCAAUCUAAAUCCAUUUUAUGUUUCACUUAAUCUUUAUCCUUCAUCUACAUCCGUUAGCUACGAUGGUAAAUCACAAGUUACAGCUUUUAAUAUAUAUAAGAAUGUUAAUCCAUCUUCAAGUAUAUAUUGUUUGAAAAAUUUACAAAACCUUCAAUUAGUAAAUACAAAUCUAACAAUAUUAUCUGACAUUAAAAAUUUUCAAAAGUUAACAUCAUUAAUAAUUCGAUCAGAUUAUGGUAUUAUUGGUCAACAUUUACCAUCAGAAUUGGGACAAUUAAUAUCUUUAUCAAACUUAGAAUUAUCUGAUAUUAAAAAUCUUGAAGAUUUACCUGAUGAAAUUGAAAAUUUAAUUCAAUUGCAAACAUUAAUAUUACAGAAUAUUCCAAAUUUUAAUAAAAUACCUGAUGAAAGUAUUGGCAAAUUAGUUAAUCUUAGAAUUUUAAAUUUAAUUGAUUUACCAAAUUUAUCAACUAUUCCGUCAACGAUAAAAAAUUUUCAAUCAUUAGUACAAUUCGAAAUAACUAACACGGGUAUUAAGAAUGUAGAAUUAGAAAAUCUUGAUGCAUUAUCUACUUUGAAAAUAAAAUCCAACUCAAUAUUACAAACAAUUGAAAUUGUGAAUAUGUUACUGUUAGCUUCAAUUGAAAUUCAAAAUAAUACGGAAUUAUUAACAUUAAAAUUUCAAAAUUUAUCUNAGUCUAGAAAUCGAAAUUCGCCUGUCGGUCUGUCUGUUUAUAGCACAUGGUACAAGUGA